GGCGGGAAAUGAAGGUCCAGGCUGAAAAAUAUUUCCUAUUCCUUUAUUUUUGGAAUGGCUACGCUACACUUCUCGCUCUCUGCAAAUUCUGCGAUUAAUUCUCACUUUUCUUCGUUGUGUUUCAUUUCCACUCAUGCCACCGCUCCUAUCGUCUCUUUCCCCCGACCUUCGGAGCAUCGCCGGAGAAUCCGGAAAAUGGUCUGCACAGCUACGAAUGAGCAGGCAGUACUGGGAUCUUCCCCUACCUUCCACCAGGAUAUGGAGCGGAUUUCUGCUAAGGAGUCGUUGCUUUCCGCUUUUAAAGAGUUUGGGAGUUUUGAAGGUCUUGUUUCGGGGAAGGCGACAGAUUUGCAGAGGAUUGAAGUGAAUGAGAAAAUAAUUAAUCUUGAGCGGCACAAUCCAACGCCUAAACCAACUACGUCGCCAUAUUUGGAAGGUCACUGGAAUCUCGAGUGGUUUGGAUCUGGAAGUCCGGGAUUCUGUGGUGCUAGAUUUUUGUUGGAGAAAUUACCUUCACAGCUGGCUAAUUUAUCACAGUUGGAUGUGCUGAUUAAAGAUGCAAAAACAAGGAUUACUCCAAGGAUGAAACUACUGUCCUCGAUCGAAAUCAAAUGUGUUGUUUUGUCAAAUUUAUCUGUGGAGGGACCUCUAAGAAUGAAAGAGGAAUAUGUUGAAGCAAUUCUUGAGAUGCCAACAAUCGCAGAGAAAGAUAUACCAGAACAUGUAAAAGGUGCAGUUGACCGCGCUGCCAGCGCCGUGCAACACGUUCCGGUUCAUGUUACUGAAGCUCUUCCCAAUGGAUUAAAAGUUCCCCUACCUGGUUUCCAGAGGCUCUUCAUGAUUUCUUAUCUUGAUGAGGACAUACUUAUAUUGCGUGAUAUUAGUGGAGAACAAGAAGUUCUUACAAGGAUAGAUAGCACUGCAUCUUCCGAAGCGGAACCCAGCGGCACUGAGAAUGAGAACUAGUGUAUCUAAACCAACUAUUUAUUUUCCUCUCUAAACUUCUGCUACAAUAUAAACUAUUUCAUUCUCACUAUCUCUUUCUCUAUAUUGGAUUUUGCAUAUUUUACUGUUACAAAAGGAAAUAUGUUAAGAAGUAAUUUUAGGAGAAUAAGGUAUUGUUUGGAUGAUGUUUUUUCAUGGUAAUGUAAUAUAUUAUUAUAUUUAUAUUUGGGAAGAUUGGGUUGUA